AUGGCGCCUCCUCCGCCGCCGCCCCAGCUGUUGCUCCUGGCCGCCCUGGCGGGGCUCCUGGGUCCCCGUGAGGUGGUGGCUGAACCGGCGGCGGAGGAGGCGGGAGCCCGGUGUCCCGAGGGCCUGUGGCCUCUGCCUCCACAGGUGUCACCAAGAGUGACCUACACACGGAUGCGGCCAAGGCAGGCUGAGGAUGUCAGCUUCCUUUACCACCCCUGUGCCCACCCCUGGCUGAAGCUCCAGCUUGCCCUCCUCGCCCACACUUGUGUGGCCCAGCCCUCACUGGCCCCUGACUCCAGCCUCACCCAGGAUCGGCCCCUUGUACUGGCAGCAUGGGGGUUAGCGCUGGAGAUGGCGCGGGUGGAGCCGGCCCGGGCUGCCCACUGGCUGAAGAGGAGGCAGCGGCGGAAGCAGAGGAGAGAGAAAGCUGGGUUCCAUUCUGAUGCUGUUCCUGGGCCCCCUUCCUUGGUGCCCACGCUGGGCAGAGGGAGGCUGUGCCAUCGGCGAGGGUGUGUGCAGGCCCAGGCUUUGGCCUUUACUCUGAGGAGCUGGCGGCCACCCGGCGUGGAGGUGGAAUCUAGCAGACCUGGGCAGCUCUUUGCUAGUGGUGCCAGGAGACGUGGGCUGCGGGCCGCCUUUGGUCUCCAGCCCACCCCCUCAGCCCCGAGGUUCCCCUCUGUUUCCCCAGGGAGCUUGGAGGCCAAGCAGCCCAUGUUGGGACCUCAGGGUGAAGGCGAUAAUGCCCGGUCUGUGCCCACUAGCCCACUGCUGCCUGGGGGGCCAGGAAGCAAUGUCAGCUCCAGGCUGGAGGCUCAGCCGCCCAAAGGGCAGAACAGCCCUGGGGGCUGUGCCUGUCCGGGUCAGGCUUCCCCGGCCCCUCGGGCAGCAGCGCCACCAAGGGCCGCCCGCGGCCCCACCCCUCGCACGGAGGAGGCCGCCUGGGCGGCCAUGGCCCUGACUUUCCUGUUGGUGCUUCUCACACUGGCCACGCUCUGCACUCGGCUGCACCGAAACUUCAGACGCGGGGAGAGCAUCUACUGGGAGCCCACGGUGGACAGCCGGGACACCGUGGCUGCUGUGCUGAAGCGUAGGCUGCUGAUGCCCGCUCGCCGGGUCAAGCGCUCCCGCCGGAGACCCCUCCUCCCGCCCACGCCGGACAGCGGCCCGGACGGGGACAGCUCCGAGUGA